CUGCUGCGCAUCAUGGUCAACCGACGAAUAAGCAACGACCUAAAAGAAUGUGCACUUACACUCUGGGAUCACGGUUGGGAGGUCGAAGACAUCUGUGAAGUGCUUGGUGUUUCUUGGGCCAGCUGCUUUCAUUGGCGAAACAUGUUUGAAGAACUUGGUACUGUUGCUAGGCCCCCAUCUCCACUCGUUGGCCGCACGAGAAUAAUCACACAAGCGCUCAUGACAGCAGUCAAAGACCUCUUCGCUGAAGAAUCAGAUCUGUUCCUCGACAAAAUUUGUACCUGGCUCGCAGUUGAAUACAACAUCACCAUCAGCUCAUCAGCCUUAUCUCGCAAUCUCAAACAAGUUGGCCUGUCU